AUGUCUUCAAGGUACGAUAUCUUCAAAUAAAGUUACUUUUGCUGUGACUUUUUACUGUAAAUUAUCGACAAGUAUUUAAGUCUAAGUCGCUUCUUUCAUUUUGUAGUUGGCUUUUUGGCUGCAGACGCUCUUUAGUCAGGAAGGUCUUUACUCCAACAUUACAACUUGCUGUCCUUAGUCCUGCAGUCAUGCACUUUAUGAAUUAUCUUGCCUGUUAAAAUUACAACAAACUAUGGUCUUUUAGUCCUAUAGUCAUGCAGUCUAUGAAUCAUUUAGUAGAAGUUAGUUCAACCCACUCAACUCCCUCGGGGGAAAAAACUGACGGGGAUGCUCGUCGGAAAAUUAAAACUAAACGCAGAGAGACCAUGGGUGUGGCUAAAGCUUGCAUUGACCCCUAAUGGGGAUCAGACCGUACAGCAUUUUUUGUACAUUUCUUUAUACACAGCCCUAAGCGAUACCUGAAUGGGCAAAAUAAUUGAAUAAAGAAUUGUCACGGUUGUUUUGAAAUAAUUUCAGUGCUUCGGACUUCUCUACAGUAGUACACCGUUUUUCCUUUUUUCCGACUUGCCACACACUUAAACAUGGUUCAAGUUUUUGAGGGUCAAAUUAUAUAGAAAUUAUUUGAAGGGAAACAAGAAUUAAAUUGAGUUAACGGAAGGUUUGAGUUAUCGAGGGUUCGAGGUAUCAAGGGUAAAAUUACAAUAAAUGUAUGAGGGAAAUCGACUUUGGUUCAAGUUAGCAUCUGGUUCGAAUUAGCGAGGGUACAAGUUAUUGGGAGUCAACUGUAGUGCUUCUUCUUGAUAUGCAAAUGAAUUUACUUUGCUGUUACUUUUAACAGCACUGUAGGUCCAAAGAUUUACACCAGGACUGGUGAUAAAGGUAAUACACAAGUGUUUCUUCUGAUAUCCUAGUGUAUAUUGUUUGCUCUUACUUAAUCAUCUUUUGAGUUUCAGACUUCUUAGAAUCAAGUGUUUAGGACUUUUUCAAUAAAACAUUUAUUAUUUUAUUGAAUAGGAUAUACAAGUACAUAUGGUGGAGAACGGCGGCUAAAAACUGAUGUGUUAUUUGAAGCACUAGGAGCUACUGAUGAACUGUCUAGCUUUAUUGGGUAGGUAAAAAUAAUUUUAGAUUCAGUAAAACCUUUAAGUUUUAACUUUGUUAAAGCUUCUACCAGUUUCUGAGUCACAUCUGUAGAUUGUAAUACUGGUUGAUUUUGAUCCAUGUUGUUAAUUUCUUUUCAUGGUAAUUUUGAUUGACAAUCAAAAACUAACUGCCUCAGAAUGUGUUAUUGUUUUCUUGUUAUCUGAUUGGUCAAUUUUGUCUAGGUGGCCCAAUUAUGGUAGACGCACUGUUCCUGUAAGAUAAGAAAUGUUACAUUUAUUUAUGUUGAUGAUUCUUUCACCGCAUAAAAUACUACUUUUGGUUACUGUUAACAUUGCAGAGUUGCACGUGAGUAUUGUGAAGAAGCAGGUCAUAAAGAGGUCGUUUUGAAGCUUGAAGAGGUAUCAUUGUACCAUGCUCUAUCAUGGUAAAAUAAAUUUUGAAAGUUUUGCUAAAUUGAGUUAAAAAUCGAGCAAAGUUUUUGGGGCUAUUUCAAAAAAUGAAGUCCUUUAAUAUUAGACUUUGUGUAGACUUUGUGCCACUAUUCCACCAGUCAUAAAUUAUCCUUUGAUCAUCUGUUAACAAACAUCAUCAAUUUGUUGCUAGUAUCGCCGGUGACUAUAAGAAACUUCAAUAAUACAACACUAAGCUUAUUGUUAUAGCCAAGGAUUUCAUGGCCCUAUUGUUUUCAGUGUACCACUGUACCAGCAAUCCCUGCCCAUCUAUACAGUCAUUUAACAAGAUGUUUGUCCAAUAUUAUUGAACAUUUGAUGCCAGUUGUUUUGACUCUUGUUAAAUAAGCUGUGCCAGACUUGCUGUGACACUGCAACAGCUUUGGGAAAAAAACUCAUUCUCUCUUUUAAAAUUAUCUUCCCCACACAACCUGUAAUGGUUGGUCAUGUUGAACCAGAUUUUUUUGCCAAAUGACAAGCACUCAUGUAUAGUUUUACUGGCAAUCUGAGCUUAUCAUAAACAAUGAGGGGAAUUCAACCAUACUUGGUAUUUAUUGCCUGUAGAUCCAGUGCAUUCUUCAAGAUGUUGGCGCAAAUGUGGCAACUCCUCGACAGUCCUCAAGUGAAAGGACCCUAAGUUAGUGUUCUUUUUGGAUGCAUUUUUAUGAUCUUGAGACUCUAGUUUCUAUCAGGACACACAUAAUUUUUCUUUUGACCCUCUGAAAAGUUACAGUGGUGGAUCCAGGGGAGGAGCCCGGGGGACCCCCCCCCCCCCUUAUUUUUAGACCAAACUGAAUUUUUGCAAAUUCAACAAUAUUAGUACUCUGUAUUCUGGAUUUAUGUGUUCCUUGAAAGUCCUUGAAUGUCUUGGAAUAAAUAAUGAUUGCCUUGUCUUAUAAAGCAUGGAGUCCUUUAAAAUCGUGAGAACUGUCUCCUUGAAAUUCAUUGAAAAAUCCUUUAAUUCCUGGUCCAAAAAUGUGUGAGAACUCUACUAAUAAUAUUUUGUUACUUUCACAGAAAAAACUGAAUUCAACCCAGAGACUGCAGACAUAUUGGAAGAAUGGAUAGACACAUACCAUAGCCAGCUUCCUCCACUGAGAAAUUUUAUUCUGCCAGUAAGCAGUUCAGAAUGAAAUAUAAACUUAAACCUUUCCAUAUCAGGCUCAAAAUGGUGAUGAACGCUCCCAACAUUAUUUAUUUCCUUUCAGUCAGGUGGCAAGAGUAGUGCAAUGUUACAUGUAGCAAGAUCAGUGUGUAGAAGAGCAGAAAGAAGGUAAUAAAUAGACCUUUUUACCGAUAUGGCGGCCAUAUUGAAUUAAUUUGAUUUAAGGAGUAUUGUAGGAUGCCCAGGGGGCCAUUAUUACUUCCAAACAUGGCACAAGGAUCUUUUUUCCCAUUACAAUCUUCUUCUAAGAAAACUUUAAGAAAAAAUGUCCCGAAAAGUGCUCGAAAAUACAAAUGAAAUGUGCUAAUGCAACCUGGGGCAUCCUAUAAUACUCCUUAAAUUGUAUUAAUUCAAUAUGGCCACCGUAUCGGUAAAAAGGUCUAUUUUGCUACAGCUGUAUAAACAAAAAAAGUUUGUUAGAAUUUACAUCAUACAAGAAUGGCUAUUCUCGUACAUGCCAGUCAAAUCACAUUUCAUAUCAGGCUUAAAAAGUGUCACAGUGGUUUAGGUCAGUGUUCCAUCAUUCGAGAAUUGUUGUGAAACCCUGCCAUAUGGCCACCUUAAUAAUAAAAUUUUAUUAUAUGGCAACCUUGUCAUUUGUGGAGGUGUGUGUUGCCGAGUGGCUAACACCUCGAAGUCUGGAUCUGGAUGUCUGGGGUUCAAGCCUCGUUCUUCGUGUUGUUUUCUUAGACAGGGCACUUUACUCCACUUUGUCUCUCUUCACCCAGGGCUGAGUUGUUCAAAGCUGGAUUAAGAUAACCCAGGCUUAGUGCAAGAUUUGAAUUCAGAUUUGAAAGCUUAAAAAACAUUUCAGUUUUAAUUCUUUUUGUCUACAAGUUGAUGAUUGGAAGCUUUAAAAAUAACAGAGAAAAUUAUCCGAGAAAAUGCUUUUGAACACAAGAAAAAGAAAUCCGGGUUAAAUUUAACCCCAGAUUAAGUACUACUCAGCUUUCGAACAACUGGGCCCAGGCGUAUAAAUGGGUACCAGCAACAUACUGCUGGGGGGUAACUCUGCGACGGACUAGCAUCCCAUCCGAGGGGUGGAGCAGCAAUACUCUUAUUAGGUGCUUCAUGCUAAUGAAACUGGGAUAAGCUCCGGUCGUUUGGGCCUUUGGCUCGUGGGUGCCUUUACUUUUACCUUGUCAUUGAGGAUACCUCGAUUUGUCCUGGCAAAAUGCUCAUAUAUUCCGUUAUAAAAAGUUAAUCUCUAAUUCUCAUAUACUCCUUAACUAUGUAAUAGACCAUUUUCGAUAUAUUAAAAUUCAUACUGGCUCCGAGGCUUGGGGGAAUAAAACAAAAAAAUGUAUUAUUCAUUACUGAACCUCAAGAUGAUUUCUUUUGUUUUAUUCCCCAAAGCCUCGCAGCCAAGUAUGAGUUUUAAUAUAUCGGGUUAUGGGUCUGUUGAACUCAUAAAUGUGGCAGAUGUGGCCAGUCAAACCAGAAAUUUAUUCUGAACCUUUUUCUCUAUAGGAUAGUACCUCUAGUGCAAAAUGGCAGCGUUGAACCAGCCGUUGGCAAGUUCUUGAACAGGUAAUAGUGAUAAAUAGGUUUGCUUCUCUGUUCUCAGAUAGUCCAUAGUAUGUCGAAUAUAGAAACCCCUUUUUUUUCUGUAAGAGUGGUAUCAAAAGUCAUUGGGACAUUUCUGCAGUAAUGUUCUUUCUCGUUUUUUUAAGGUUAAGUGACUUUCUAUUCACCGCAGCUCGCUUUGUUGCAAAGACGGAAGGAAGGACAGAAAAAGUGUACCGUAGAAUUCAACGAUGA